CCGCCGCCCUCCUUCUCCUCUCGCGCCGCUGCCGCUCCUCGCUGCGCGCCUCUCCACCACUCAGCCUCCUUCGCCGCUCCGCACUCGCUGCCGCCAUGUCGGCGCCUCGCACCAUGUCGCUGCUGAGCCGCUCCGCGCUGCGUGCGCCGCUCGCACCGCAGGCACGCGCCCUGCGCACCCUCGCUGCGCCGCCGGCGCCGCGCAAGCAGCAGCAGCACGUCGCCGCGGCGGCCGCACCGCAGCUGCCCGAGCUGGCCCGCGCGUUCGCCACGAGCAGCGCGCGCGAGCAGGCCGCGCCCUCGGAGCAGCCGCUGCCCAUGACGACGCUUGGCAAUGCCAACUCGAACCAGCUGGCACUCGAGACGCCGCGCAACAGCGUCGAGUACGUCACCACGACGCUCGACAAGAUGGUGAACUGGGCGCGCCAGGGCAGCAUGUGGCCCAUGACGUUCGGCCUGGCCUGCUGCGCCGUCGAGAUGAUGCACGUCGCCACGGCGCGCUACGACCAGGACCGUCUCGGCGUCGUGUUCCGCGCCAGCCCGCGCCAGAGCGAUGUCAUGAUUGUGGCGGGCACGCUGACGAACAAGAUGGCGCCGGCGCUUCGCAAGGUGUACGACCAGAUGCCUGAGCCACGAUGGGUGAUCAGCAUGGGCAGCUGCGCCAACGGCGGUGGCUACUACCACUACUCCUACUCGGUCGUGCGCGGCUGCGACCGCAUCGUGCCCGUCGACCUGUACGUGCCCGGCUGCCCGCCGACGGCCGAGGCGCUCAUGCACGGCAUGCUCUGCCUCAUGCGCAAGAUGCGCCGCGGCCGCAAGGUCACGCGCUGGUACCGCUCCGUCUGAGGUGCUUUGCCGUCCCCCAGCCUUGUCUCCGCUCGUUGUGCAAUACAGUCGUGUUCCGCUGCGAAACGUCUGGCGAGCGGAGAGACUGCGUCCUCUGCCUGCUCCUGGUCGCUCCCCGUCGCAUGCGGGCGCUCGCCUGUCGCCCUUCCCAUCAAUCACACGCGCACAGCUGC